CCGCUUGCGGCGGAUUAUUGUAAUCCGACAGAGGGUCUGGACGACACAUCGGAUCACGACAAAAAAGCAGAGCCGAGCGGCCUGUGACAGAUGCACCCCGUCCAAGAAUAAAGGGAUAAAGUUGAGAUAUGAUCUGACGCACUGCUCGCUGCUCCUGAAGGCAUCAUCGACGGUGGCCGGGCCGCUUCCUGGACCAGUCGAUCCACCUGACAGACGCUGACAGCGGCUGGGCACCGCAGCGGAGAUAGGAAAAGAUUUCAGUUGUUAGUUUAAGAGAUCUUCCCCCCCUUCUCCCUUCCCCCGUCAGGUUGAGCUGCAGCCCCGCUCGGCUCGGCUCGGCUCGGCUCGGUCGCCUGUCCGCGGAGCGAAGCGCUGCUGCUGCUGCUGCUCCGAGCCGCCGCUGACACACAGCUAGCUAGCUAGCGCGGCUAGCUCACCACGGCUAGCUAGGAAGGAAUUUAUCAAGUUUGUUCAGGAAUUUAGCAAAUUCUCCGACCCGCAGCCCACAAGGAGGGAGGAUGUCGGCGAAAGACCAGAACAAACUCUCCACCGUUGAACGACCCAUUAAAGCGGUGCCAUAUCCUCCUGGGACGCGCCUGUCGGUCAAAGACCUCUAUGUGGACGGGAGGCCCAGCGUGGAGCUGCUGAAGGCCCAUCUGGUGAAGGAGGGUCGUCUGGAGGAGGAGACGGCUCUGCGGAUCAUCAACGAGGGAGCCGCCAUCCUCCGCCAGGAGAAAUGCAUGCUGGAAGUGGAAGCCCCCAUCACAGUGUGUGGAGACGUCCACGGCCAGUUCUUUGAUCUGAUGAAGCUCUUCGAGGUGGGCGGAUCCCCCAGCAGCACCCGCUACCUGUUCCUCGGGGACUACGUGGACCGAGGCUACUUCAGCAUCGAGUGCGUGCUGUACCUGUGGGCUCUGAAGAUCAACCACCCCAACACCCUGUUCCUCCUCAGAGGCAACCACGAGUGCCGGCACCUCACAGAGUACUUCACCUUCAAACAGGAGUGUAAAAUAAAGUACUCGGAGCGAGUAUAUGACGCCUGCAUGGACGCGUUUGACUGCCUGCCUCUGGCUGCGCUCCUCAACCAGCAGUUCCUCUGCGUGCACGGAGGUCUGAGUCCCGAAGUCACCUGCCUGGACGACAUACGGAAGCUGGACCGGUUUAAGGAGCCCCCGGCCUUCGGGCCCAUGUGCGACCUGCUGUGGUCGGACCCGGGGGAGGACUACGGCUCAGAGAAGACUCAGGAACACUUCUGCCACAACAGCGUGAGAGGCUGCUCGUACUUCUACAGUUACCCAGCAGUGUGCGACUUCCUGAUGAACAACAACCUGCUGUCUGUAAUACGAGCGCAUGAAGCCCAGGACGCAGGGUAUCGAAUGUACAGGAAAAGUCAGACGACGGGCUUCCCUUCUUUAAUCACGAUCUUCUCCGCUCCGAACUACCUGGACGUGUACAAUAACAAAGCUGCGGUGCUGAAAUAUGAGAAUAAUGUGAUGAACAUCCGGCAGUUUAACUGCUCUCCUCACCCCUACUGGCUGCCCAACUUCAUGGACGUCUUCACCUGGUCUCUGCCCUUCGUCGGAGAGAAAGUGACCGAGAUGCUGGUGAACGUGUUGAACAUCUGCUCUGACGACGAGCUGAUGUCAGAAGGGGACGACACGUGCGAGGGCGGAGCUCCAGCCGUCAGGAAGGAGGUGAUCAGAAAUAAGAUCCGGGCGAUUGGAAAGAUGGCUCGCGUCUUCUCCGUGCUCAGAGAGGAGAAUGAGAGUGUGUUGCAGCUGAAGGGCCUGACCCCGACAGGAACGCUGCCUCUGGGAGUUUUGUCCGGAGGUCGACGAACUCUGCAAAGCGCCACCGUAGAGGCAGAAGAGGCACGAGCCAUUCAAGGCUUCAACCCGCAGCACAAGAUCCAGAGCUUCGAGGAGGCUCGAGGUCUGGACCGCAUCAACGAGAGGAUGCCCCCCCGCCGCGACAGCAAGCAGCAGGAGGCCGCCCCCUCCCUCAACAACCUGCCGGCCAGCACCGGACCUCCGGACAAGAACGGCACCAACGCACAGGCCUAAAUCCCCCUCCUUCCCUCCUCCUCGUCACUCCUCCUUCCUCCUCUCCUCCACCUCCCCGUCCUCCCUCCCUCCCUCCCUCCAUGCCUCCUUCCCUUCCCCUCUUCUCCCCUUUAACAGCAGGAGAAGAUGCAGUUCAGUCGGAGCGACUCUCACCGCGCUUAAUUUAUUUUAUCAUCUAUUGAAUAUCAUAGUUUAAGACUGAACAGGAUCAAUCUCAAUCCAUCCUCCAAUGAGGAGGCGGCGUUCGGGAAGACGCCUUUCUGUCAGCGUUUGCUUUGUGCGGGGGGAGGAAGUGACGCUGUGUUUGUGCCCACACACACACACACACACACACACAUAAAUCCAUCCUUUCUUAUGCCAAUGAUAGUGUGACUGAGCUCUGAGGAGUGAGUAUUGACAUUUAUAUUAUAUAUGUAUAUUUUAAUUGUUCCCUCUUUUCAAUGUGAUGGUUUUUUUCUUUGUUUGUUUUUUUGUUUUUUACAGCACAUAGAUGUAGGCUUCAUGCAGGGGGGGGCGGGGGCAGAGUUAAAGGUUAUUUCACUCUAUCAGAACUCAGAUCUUGUGUAUGGAAAUGACGUUAAAAUCUCAAGUCACGGUCCUCUUACUAGCAUCUGACGGCGGUGGCGGCGAUGAUGAUGAUGAUGAUGCUACGUUAUCUCUGUGGUGACGAUGGCUGAAGAUUAAAGCUCCAGAAGCAGCCAGUAGCUGGACCGUGACUUCAGAUCUCCUGUCAAACAGCUCGGCUCUCGUUUUUGAGGCUUCGGCCGUCGUUUCUAUCAGUGCUGAGUCGGCUCGACGAACGAGACCCUGUACAGGAAGUGGUCUGACGUGACCGAUAGAAGCGACGGAGAAAACUACAAAAUAAGAGCCUGAAAUCUGCUUCAUGUAAAGAGACGCAGGACGAAGGCAAAGAGUUGAGGUGUGUUUCAGGUGUGUUGACAGCAGUGAUGGUUCAGGCCUGGGGGGUUUGAUUUAUCUCUUUUUUUAUUUUUCGGGGAGGUGGGUGGGUACAGUAUGUCGGGCUUUUGUCGGAAGCGAGGCCUCGUUUCUGACUUGUGUUCGGGUCUCGGAACAUAUCUCACAGAAUGUACAGAAACCGUUUAAAACAGAAAAGUUUUUCUUUACAGCUACUUUGAAAAAGAACUUUUUGUCGAGUACAUGUACUGCGAGGCCUCUCAUUUAUGUAGAUGUUUCACUCCAUUCAAAUAAAAA